AUGGAGAUUGGAGGAUGGGUUGCUCCGGUGUGUAAAGAGGACAGAAUAGUCGUUGUUGGGGCAUCAAGGGGUGAAUCGUUGAAUAUCAGCUGCAGAGUGGAGGCGGAUCCCCCGGUGAGAAACUUCCGGUGGAAGUUCAACAACAGCGGGGAGACUCUUGAGGUGUCACCAAGGAGAUUCACAAUACCAAGACCAGGUGACACCAAUGGUGUUAGCGUGCUUAAGUACACACCGGCCAGUGAGCUAGAUUAUGGAACGCUAUCCUGCUGGGCAGACAACGAGGUUGGAGAACAGCCGAAGCCCUGUCUAUUCCAGAUCGUAGCAGCUGGAAAACCUUUUCCAGUGCGCAAUUGCACUCUCGCAAAUCAAACAUACACAAGUGUCGAGGUGAAAUGCGUUCCUGGAUAUGACGGGGGAUUACCUCAGAGGUUUGUCCUCGAGGUUUAUCACGGGGAUUUUGAUUUUUUGGAGAGUCUCGAGCCAAAGUGGAAUGUUUCCAGUGAUGAGCCUUUCUUCGCACUUUCGGGAUUGGAAGCCUCAGUGGAUGCGGGUGUCCACGUCGCUGUUUAUGCAAUUAAUGCCAAGGGUAGGAGUCAACCUGUCGUCCUGAGUGAAGUCACUUUUCGAGACGCCGAAAAAAGAACUGGGCAAGACGCAGGCAUGGUUCUGUCUCCCCUGAUUGGAAUCAUCGUGGGAGCUCUCGUCACACUUGUCCUCAUAGUUUUUGUUGUCGUCAUGAGGGCACGAAGAGACCGGAUAUCCAAACCACGUCACGAAAAACCUGCUGAACUGAGAGAAAUACCGACGCAGCAGUAUCCCAACCAAAGCCCCCAGCAAACCGUUGAAACGGAUCCAGACGUUAUUCCGAACAAGUUUGAAGGUCAUCUAGUGGAGGUCAGUCCCCCCAGCUAUCCGGUGGGAUAUCCAAGUGGCCACUGGGUGACACCAGGUCCAACCCCAAGUAUUGACGAACUCUGUCACAAGUUCACAGGUCGUCCAACAGAGCUGCGACUCCCUUCAAGAAGUACAAUACCGACUCUCUCGAAUUCAUCAAUCACAGGGGUUGUGGUUGGUGCUGGUCAGGGUGUAUUCGUUGCCGGGGAAUGUUUGGACGGGGAAGCCAUCAAAAGGCGGUUAAUGGCCAACAGACUCCCCGAGAGCUGCGUCUAA